ACAAUAUUUCGGAGACAAAUUGCACCGGAAAGGAAGUUAACGGAAUAAACCGUCUCCUUUUCGAGGGAGUGGUCAGAGGGUUUACAUUUCACUGCAAUUGUUUGGCGUAACCCACAAUCGUAGUUCAUGAUCUACACAAACUCCCCGGUUGUGAAGGAGCAUCGAAUAUGAGCAGCUGCGGAGGAAUGAGCCGCGAUUCCACUGACAACAGACUGAAAUUUGUUAAGCGACCGGACGAGAUCACAGGAGAUGAUGACCCGAACGUUUACAGAGUGGAAAUGUCCUGUGGACACGCUAUGGAUCCCAUUUCACUCACGGAAUGGUGUCGGAUCCGUAUCAGCGAGGGUCAUUUCAAGUUCCACUGCCCUGCAGUAAUAGAUGACACAGAUGAAGGCUGUGGAAAGGAAUGGUCCUACGUGGAGGUGCGCAGAAAAGCAUUGCUCUCUGUUGAGGAACGACAGGAUUUUGAAGAGAAACUUGCCACUCUCGCCGCUUCAAGUUACUGUGAAUACAAACAGUGUCCUAGGUGUGGGAGUAACGUGGAACGGAAAGAUGAGAUGAACGUAUCAGUGAUUUGUUCAGUCUGCUCGGCCAACAAUGGAACCCCAUUUGAAUUUUGCUGGCAAUGUAUGAACAAGUGGAAAGGCCCUGCUCCACGCUCUGAUAAAUGUGACAAUGAAGGAUGCAUUAAUAUACAGCUGGAAACCUUGAAAAAUUGUGACACAAAAACUUUACCUUACAGCAAUAUUCAAGAUUGCCCUAAAAUCCGUGCUUGUCCCACUUGUGGUUUGCUUAUAGAACAUCAAGAUAUGUGCAAAUAUGUCAUGUGCAUCAGAUGCCAUGUGCAAUUUUGCUUUGCCUGCCUUAACACAAUGGCAAUUUGCAGUAAAUCUUCUAAGUAUUCUCUUCAUUGUGCUAUACCUGUAGCCACAAGGCAAACAAGUAUUCCAAUGUGGAAUUGUAUUGAAAAUCAGACCUCCAAUCCCACUUCAGAUUCCUAUUCAUUUGGCAGUCCAAGUCCCACUCCAAAUCUCACUCUAAAUUAUUUUCUAAAUCGUAUUCAAAAUCCCACUCAAAAUUCUGUACAGAGUCCAACUUUAAAUUCCUCUUUAAAUUCUAAUAGCCAUCCCAAGGAUGAGAGUUGUAUAGUUCUAUGACUAAACAAUCUGGAUCAGAGAUUGCUGAAGGUACAAAAAAUGCAGAGCAGUCAGUUAAACAUUGUUAGAGUGUGUUAUCUAAAUUGCUUGACACUUUGUACUCUUGUGAUGGAUUGU